AUUGCAAACUAUUUUAUGUACUCCUUUGCUUUGAUUUUGAUCUAGGGCGGAAGUUUAUUGCAAAAGAAAGGUUUUGUGCACGAAGUAUAGCCUGGCGCCAUCUUUUCCCCUACGGAACGCAAACUGAAAGCGCCUGCAAAGCAAGAUAGUCAGCAGCAUUUUUUUGAAGGAUGCUACAUUACACCGUAAAUGAAGCCUGUACUUUAUUCCAAGAUGGCUUCCUGCUUGACUGAUUUGUGUUUGUAACCAUCAAAGGUUUUGGAAAUAUUUGCCGACCCUUUCCCAAGCCAAAGAUGAUCAGUGAGGGUGAUUAUGUCAUAUUAAAGAAGGAAAAUGUCAUCAGAGCCGUGAAAGUUCGAAAAGGCAGGAAAGAGACAUUUGAAAGGUUGCACUUCACACUGGAUAGUGCUAUUGGAUGUCCUUUGGGAUCCACAUUUGAAGUAAAAGGAGGUAAACUAAGCAGGUUUGAUGCCGAACAAGACGUGGAUGAACUUCUUAAACCAAAAACUAAUACUGAGGAUGAUAAAAAUAAUCAGUUUCUCCAAAAUGACGGUACUUCACAAAAGUUGUCCAGAGAUGAAAUUAUGAAUUUGAAAGCUCAAGGAGUUAGUGGCAAGGAUAUUGUUGAACACCUUGUGGAGAACAGUGCCACCUUUAAAGAGAGAACACAGUUUUCACAAGCGAAAUACAAGAACAAGAAACUGAAAAAGUAAGGUUUUUUAGACUAUGAUAUGGUUACAGUCUGCUAUGAUAAUAAUUAUUGUGAUCUCAGACUUGACACACUAUCUCAGAUUUUAACCUUGUCAAAUGUGAGAGCACGCUGUCGGAUGCUGGUAGUAGAAAGUUGUCAAGGGAUGGUAGUAGGAGCUCUUUUGGACAGAAUGGGAGGUUAUGGAAGUCUUAUCCAGGUCUAUGCAGGUGAUUUUCCAGGGAGGCAGGCACUGGAGUAUUUUAAUUUUCCCAAACAUUUCAUGAAAUGUCUAAGUGGUUUGGCAAUGGACAAAGUAACAACACUUGGUGAAAGCACAGGGGAUAUAACGAAGCCAUUGUCCGAGUCAAAUGAUACAAUGGAAAAAGAAGACAAAGCUCUACCAGAUGAUAUUGCAGAAGGCAACGACAGCAGCUCAGGGGAGGAGCAAGGUGGAAACUCCAUGACUGAAGAGGAAAAAUUGACGCGGAGAUCGCGGAGACAAAACGAAGAAUCCCAAGCACGAGAAGAGUUAGAAAGUGGAAAUUUAGACAGUCUGGUGGUGGUGAGCCGUUUUCAACCCAGUCCCAUUGUAAUGGCACUUCUACCUCGUCUUGCUCCGUCACGACCGUUUGUGGUUUAUUGCCAGUACAAAGAGCCUUUGAUGGAAUGUUACGUGAAUUUGAGAGAAGAAGGAACAGCCAUUAAUAUCCAUUUGACUGAAACAUGGUGGCGGCACUACCAGGUAAGUCUUCACAAUUACGGUUUCCGUAACGCGAAACAGACUAGGAGUAUUACCACUCCUCCCUGGAUGGGGUGCUUGUCUAUCGCCGGUUCCCCCCUAACAUUUUCUCAGGUUCCUCUUACUUACAUUCAUUUACACUCCCGGUCGGGGAAAGGCACUAUGAGUAGCCUGCGAACAGACUCUCUUAGUAUACCCCACCCCCAUUCUCCGCUCGGCCACUUCACUCUCCGCCAGUUUCUUGUCCACCCUUCCGGCCACGGUCAGACCCUUUUAGCCGGAGCCUGUUCACAGGCUGCACUCUGAGAGAAAAGUUAAGUGUCUUGCCAAACAACACAACUCAAGCACUCUGACUAGGGUAGGAACCCGACGUUUGAUGCAAAGUUCAGCCCGCUAUUCAUUUAACAAAUAGAUUCCAUGUUGCCGUGCGUCUGUUUAGUA